ACAAGCAAAGACAAGCCAAAACAACAAAGAGACAAUUCAAUAACUCCUUCACAACUCACAUCUCAACACCACCACUACAAACCCACUACCAGCCCAAAUACCACCCCAACAAAUCACAAUGGCCGUCUACAGCACUAGCUUCACCACCGAGCGUCCUAUGCUCUACGGACGCAGCGGUUACAACAACAAGCCCAACGGCGGAGAUGAUGACGACUCCAACAAGAACCAGGGCCGAAGUGGCUACAAUUCCAAGCCCAAUGGCGGCGACGAUGAUGAGGACAAGAACCGCGGCCGGAGUGGAUACAACUCCAAGCCCGACGGCUCCGACGACAAGGACAAGAAGAGAUCUUUCAACUUCGCCUAAGCAAGAAACACAUCUCUCACUCUCUCUUUUGCCACACCACCCAAUGGCAACUGAUCAAAUCACCGUCCCUAUACCGGUCCUCCGGCACGAAGGGGGAACCUCUUUGUACCAACACACCCAAUUAUAGAGAUAGAAAAGCUCAGGCUUAAAUCCGGCGUUUUAUUUGGUUAUCACUUCACCGUCUUCCCCACAUAAAACCUGACUGGCAACGGUUGGCUCGCAUCACCGAUACGACGCCCCAACCCCCCAACAAGUUUCCUUACUCACUACACUUUGUCUUUUCUGGCGCAUGGGAG